AGAUAUUUCUAUAUUAUAAGUAUUCCACUUUAUUAUUUGUUUUUCAAAUUUUUGAUAUGGUUUACACAUGCUGUGUACCUAACUGUAAAGGGAACUAUCCAAAUGGUCCAAAAGUACAGGUUUUCUCUUUUCCGAAAGAGAAAGAAUUCUUAAAUAAAUGGAUAAAGGCGAUUCAUAGAAGCAAUUUCAAGCCAACAAAAUUUUCGAAGGUUUGUGCCCUUCAUUUUCACCCUGAGGACAUUUCAAAAUGUACAGAAUUCGUUGAUGAAAGGACUGGAAGGAAGGUGACUGCUCCCUUAUCGAGGUACAAAUUAAAACGUUUUGCGAUUCCUAGUAUUUUCCCAAACUGCCCAAAAUAUAUUUCAAGGGAAUUUAUCGUGAGAGAAAGCCCAGAUGAACGUCGUAAAAGGCUAGAAAAUAAAAAUCUUCAGUGGGCUGUAACUGAAAGUAUAUCCCAGUUUCAGACGAAUGAAAAAGAAAAAUCCUUUUCUUCUUUUUCUGAAUUUUUAGAUAAGAUGGGAAAAGAAAAGCUACCUGGCUCGUGGAACUGUAUUAAAAGAGCACGGGAAGCUAUCUUUUUAAUUAUUGAGCUAACACCGUGCCCUGAAAUAAAUAUUUCAGCAUUAAUAAACGAAAAACUUGAACUUUCAGUUUACAUUGGGAAAACUGAACUUAAAAAAUUUAAUAAUUUAACUUUGCCAGCAUCUGUUGGCAAUGUAGAUGAGGUAAUUUCUAUUUUAAACGCUUUGUUGUCGUAUGAAUUUAAAAGUGAUGUGCAGAAUUUAAGAAUAAAUUCUGUUUGUGAAACUUUAGAAAAUAUUGAAGAACAAUACGAUGAAAAUAAGCAGAAAGCCAUACAAUUCAUUAGGGAGCAAUUAACAUUAAUUAAUACAUCCAAAGAAAACUUACGGUAUUCUCCAGAGAGUAUGAUACUAUUCAGUAUUUUAUGUACAAUUUCACCCCAUGCUUAUAAAUUUUUAAGGAGUUCUGGGUGUAUUUUGGCUCCUCACCCUCGGACAAUUCAAAGGUUAUGCUCAUCUUUGGUAGCUAAUUGUAUAUUUUGUAUAGCAGUAUGUCGAAGCAAUUUUUUUUCCAAAGAAAUCGAAUAUAUUGUCAUACAUUUAUACGCAUGCAUAUACAUACGUAUGGAAAUAAAAAUGUAUGGCAUGAUAUUUCAUAAAGACUACAAUUUAAAUUCUUUCUAAAGAUAGAAAUGUAGU